ACCCCACACUUCGGCAUCCUGCCCCCACAGUAAUCCUCCCCACUACGCGUCCUUCCUACCGAAGCAGCCUAUCCAGCAGCAAUGGCAGACAAGGCACAUCUCGAACACCUCGCUGCAGAUAUCCAGCAAGCAGUCAUCUCCUAUGACCCGACUAAUCCCACCAGUUGGAUUCCCAUCCAAGAUGCGAUGGAAAAGCUGCGUCGAGCCACCGAGCCACCACCAGUCUUCACUAUGAAGCAGCGAUUUCACACCAUCCAGAACAUUUGCCUCGUUGCCGCACUUGAAAUGGGCCUCCUUCAAUCGCUGGCCGCAAAGAAAGGAGAGAAUUUGACCGCUUCUCAUCUGGCCCAAGAGUCGGGAUAUGACAAGGUCCUAAUCGCCCGCAUCAUGCGAAUGAUGACCGCGAUCGGGUUCGCCGACGAGACCGGAUACCAGACGUAUACCGCCAACCCAGUGACAAUCUGCCAAAGCGAGCCAGGAUCAAUGGGAGGCGUUGUUCUAACGAACGAACUGACCUUCCCCCUAGCAAGCAAAAUCCGGGACUACCUCCACCAAAACAAGCCAUGCGAUAUCUCCCAGACUCCCCCGGCCUACGACUUCGCCAUGGGCGAGACAGUCUGGGAAACAUUUACCAAGAACCCCGGAUGGAAAAAAGGGUUCGAUGAUAGCAUGACCGCUCGGAACAAAAUCCUGUCUAUCCCCUGGCAUGUCAAGUUUCCAGUCAAGGAGCGACUUGCGGAGCGACAGUUGAGUACACCUCCUGUCAUUGUGGACAUUGGUGGGAACCAGGGGGUAGAUUUGGAGCGAUUUGCCCAGUCUUUCCCAGGCUUGGGGUGUCAGUUGAUCUUGCAGGAUUUGCCGCAGACAUUGGAAGGAAUCCCGGGUCCGCUGGAUUCCAAGAUCAAGCCACUUGUGUAUGAUUUCUUCACGGAACAGAAGGUUCGAGGGGCCGAUAUAUACUACCUAAAGUCCGUCCUCCACGAUUGGGAUGAUAUCGCCUCGCAGAAGAUUCUCUCCAAUACCGCCAAAGCCAUGCAACCGCACUCGCGACUGUUGAUCAAUGAAAUGGUCCUUGCGGAUAGGAACGAGACGUUGGUGAGGGCAGACAUGGACAUGUUGAUGUUGUUUUUGUCCAAUGGUAUGGAGCGCACCAAGACGCAGUGGACUGAAAUGUUGGCCAGGGUGGAGCCCCCGUUGAAAAUUGUGGAAAUUUGGUCGGUGGUAGGGGACCAGCAGAGUGUUAUUGAGACUUGUUUAGCAG